GGAUUUUAUUUUGAAAGUCUUCUGACCGGAUUUAGACCGGAAGUUGGGCAGUCCUCGCUGACAGCGCCGUCAGUUCGCGGUGAACUCCGUCCUCUAACAGCUCGAACGGACUCAGAAUGAUCUCCUACAUCUUCGGCCUGAUCCGGGGCGGCCUCGACAGCAUCAUCAACUUCAUCUUCAGACUCUUCUUCUCCAAGAGGAGACCCGCCAUCACCUUGCAAGACCCCAACAUCAAAUACGCGCUGCGCCUCAUAGAUAAGGAGAUCGUGAGUCAUGACACCAGGAGGUUCCGCUUCGCGCUGCCCUCUCCGGACCACAUCCUGGGCCUGCCUGUGGGACAGCACAUCUACCUGUCUGCAAGGAUCGAUGGGAAGCUGGUGGUCCGCCCCUACACCCCCGUGUCCAGCGACGACGACAAAGGUUCGGUGGACCUGGUGGUGAAGGUCUACUUCAAAGGCAUUAACCCCAAGUUCCCAGAAGGAGGGAAGAUGAGUCAGUACCUGGAGAGCCUGAAGAUCAACGAAACCAUCGACUUCAGAGGCCCGAGUGGACUCCUGGUCUACAAAGGCAGAGGUGUUUUUGACAUCCAGCCUGAUAAGAAGUCUCCAGCUGUGAAGAAGACGGCCAAACAUGUGGGCAUGAUCGCUGGAGGAACAGGAAUCACUCCGAUGCUGCAGAUCAUCACCGCCAUCAUGAAGGAUCCUCAGGACGGGACGGUGUGUCACCUGCUGUUCGCUAACCAGACGGAGAAGGACAUCCUGCUGCGACCGGAGCUGGAGGAGAUCCAGGUCAAGCAUCCGAACCGCUUCAAGCUGUGGUUCACCGUCGACCGAGCGCCUCUGGACUGGCCGUACAGUCAGGGCUUCAUCAGUGAAGAGAUGAUCCGGGAGCACCUCCCCCCUCCCGGAGACGACACCCUCAUCUUGAUGUGCGGCCCCCCUCCCAUGAUCCAGUUCGCCUGCAACCCAAACCUGGACAAAGUGGGUCACUCCGAGAGCCGCAGCUUCACCUUCUGAGGGCCGGCUCAGAAGCACUACGUUAGUGGGAAUCGCACCGUUUCUGUAUUUGUUUGUGGUGUUUAAAGAUGAUGCUGGAAGGACCAAGACGAGGGAAGUGCCUUAAACACAGCAGAGCUUUCGUACCUUUAACACGUUUGUAUGAACGUUUCACUGCAACAUUAAAGCCAAACCGCUGCUCCGA